AUGGAGGAUCUGACCGCCCUGCUUUUUGUGACCGCUCUCCUCCUGGUAGACUGUGACAAAGCAGCGGAUUCAGAAGAGAGAUUAAUGAACACUCUUUUAAGGAAAGAUAGAUAUAAUAAACUCAUCCGUCCAGCUUAUAAUAAUACACAGCGGGUCUCCAUUCAACUCCAGUUGUCUUUGGCUCAACUCAUCAGUGUGAAUGAAAGAGAGCAAAUCAUGACAACUAAUGUGUGGCUCAAUCAGGAAUGGGUAGAUUAUCGUUUGACGUGGAACCCAGCUGAAUAUGAUGGCAUAAGAAAGCUUCGCAUCCCAUCGAAACAGAUCUGGCUGCCAGACAUUGUGCUUUACAAUAAUGCUGAUGGAACAUAUGAAGUCUCCCUGUUCUGCAAUGCAGUGGUGCAAAAUAAUGGCAGCAUUGCUUGGCUACCUCCAGCCAUUUACAAAAGUGCAUGCAAAAUUGAAGUUAAGCAUUUCCCCUUUGAUCAGCAGAACUGCACUUUGAAAUUCCGUUCUUGGACUUACGAUUACACGGAAAUUGAUCUUGUACUUUCCUCACACUCGGCCAGUAUGGAUGAUUUCACACCAAGUGGAGAAUGGGAUAUUAUUAAACUUCCUGGAAGGAGAACUGUUAAUCCUCUCGAUCCGACCUAUGUUGAUGUUACCUAUGAUUUUAUCAUCAAAAGAAAGCCUCUCUUCUAUACCAUUAAUUUGAUUAUACCCUGCAUCCUUAUUACCUCACUAGCAAUAUUGGUGUUCUAUCUGCCAUCUGACUGCGGACAGAAGAUGACUCUAUGUAUAUCCGUUCUUCUAGCGCUGACUGUAUUUCUGCUUUUAAUUUCUAAAAUAGUCCCGCCAACUUCUCUUGAUGUUCCUCUCAUUGGAAAAUACUUGAUGUUUACAAUGGUGCUGGUGACAUUUUCCAUAGUCACUAGUGUAUGCGUCCUAAAUGUCCACCACAGAUCUCCGAGUACGCACACAAUGCCACUAUGGGUAAAAAAAUGUUUUUUGGAAAAACUUCCAGUCUUCCUUUUUAUGAAACGUCCAGAGCACAAUUUACCCGGUCGUAAACCACGGGGAAAACUCUUGACGAAACAGAUGGACUCAUGUAAAAACUCUGGUUGUCUUGUGAAUGCUGCAACAGCAAGACCACAUGAUUUGAGAGUUAAUGAACAGGUGGAACAUCAUAGAAAUCCAGAUUUCCGAUACAGACACUCUAGAAAGUUUUCUCCACAGGUUCAAGAAGCAAUGGAGGGUGUGAGCUUCAUAGCAGAUCACAUGAAAAGUGACGAUGAAGACCAAAGUAUUAUUGAAGAUUGGAAGUAUGUUGCCAUGGUUGUGGACAGACUCUUUCUAUGGAUUUUCAUCAUUGUAUGCGUCGUAGGAACUGUUGGACUUUUCAUGCAGCCUCUGCUAUAUAACCAGACACCAACUGGAAGUCAUUAG